GUCUAGGGCGUGGGAUGAGUCUUCGGCUCCCAUAAGCGGUGAGAGAGAGAGAGAGAGAGAGAGUUCUUGACUGGCUGUGCAACUGUCAGCUGCUCUGAUGAUGUCAGUCUUCGUUUUCUCAGUCUGGCAACAUUUUUUGCGUGGGUCGUAGCGCCGUGCGGUCCGGCGGACUUUUCUAAAGUCAACCCCAAAUCUUUAUUUCGCCGCAUUUCUAAGGAUAAAACUCCGAUUUGCAACUUGUUGCCUGUGCACGAAGUAGAGUUUGGGUGGAGCUCGUCUCAGGCCAGUUCAUUCUCGCCUGAUUCCUGCGCCUGUACCUGGAACAGAAGCCGACCCUCCCCGCCGUCCGGGUGUUUCAGUCCGGAACGUGGGCCGACCAAUGAGUAGAGACGCGACACGCCCACGGACCAAUGGCAGAGGGGGAUGCUCGUCGUCGCUGCGAGGACGGUGGACGUGCAGGGUGGAAGUUCCUGCCAGUUGUCUCGCUGGGCUGCGUGAUGGCUGCUUCGAGUGAUAGUUUGUCUUCGCCGGAGACCGAGUCCACCGGAUCCCAUGGGAGAAUGAGCGUGGUUCAUGACUUGGGGCCCUCCGGUGCGAACUUCUGCGGGGGCACGACGUCCUUGAACAACCAGCAGCAGAUUAUGGUCUCCGAGUUCAACACCAGGAAGACCGUGGCCUUCUCUCAGGAGCAAAUCGCCUGCAUCUGCUUGGCUCUGCAGCAGGCCGGCAACUUGGAGCGCCUCGCGAGGUUCCUGCUGUUCCUGUCGCCCGAGGAGCUUCUGCGGGGCAACGAAGCCGUGCUCCGAGCGAGGGCGGCCGUCGCGUACCACCAGGGCGCGUUCCAAGAGCUGUACGCCAUCCUGGAGUCGCACAACUUCGACAGUCGCUACCACGCAGAACUGCAGCAGAUGUGGUUCAGCGCGCACUACAAGGAGCACGAGAAGACGAGGGGCAGGCCCCUCGGUGCGGUGGACAAGUACCGUCUGCGGAAGAAGUACCCGCUGCCGAAGACGAUUUGGGAUGGCGAGGAGACCAUCUACUGCUUCAAGGAGAAGUCGAGGAACGCCCUGAAGGAAUGGUUCGACCGCAACAGAUACCCGACGCCUGACGAGAAGAGGAACCUGGCGAAGAACACGGGACUGACGCUGACGCAAGUGAGCAACUGGUUCAAGAACCGGAGACAGAGAGCCAGGACGUCGGAGCCCAGAGGUGACCUGAGUCUGAUGUGCCAAGCGAGCGAAGGUUUGCUGGGGUCGCCACCCGUGGACAUCGCUGACCUCAAGCCCUUGUGCUACUCGGCAGCAUCGAAGCUCUUCGGCGAUUCCAGUGGCGUGGGCGUGGUAAAGAACGAGCCGGGGGUCUCCGAGGGAAGACCGGGACACCACAUGCUCCACCCCGCGACGUACCAUCACGGUUACCAUGGAUACGAUCCGGGAUCACUCCACCAUUCCUGAGCAUUGCCGGCGAAUAAUGGCUUCCGCGAUCACCACGCCGUCAGGACGUACGGGGCAGCGCCACGUAUUAUUAAUCUCGGCACCAGGUGCAGGUUCACGGCGAGCUUCACACCGCCUGGAUUAUCCAGCCAAUUUGCAAAUGGCGUUCUUAAAUUUUUGCUAGGAACAUUUUGGCCUUAUUUUAAAUUUGGAACGAAUAAGUAAUCGUGCUUCGUUAUCAGGAGGUCCCUUGGUUUUUUUUACGGACGUUCGCUAAUUUUACGCUGUAUGACCAAUGAAGUUGAUAAAACGUUCGUAAACAAAGGAAUGAAACGUAGAAAAAUUAACUUCUGAAACGCUCCGAGUGUGAACUGUUGGGACUGAUGCUGGAAUUGUGUCUCAUUUCCUUUUAAACUUGAAACUAAUGUGUAGAAAACGAGUGCUUCAUUAUCUGUUCCCGAAAUUCUUCGCAAGUGGCUCUAGUAAAAUGUGCAAUGUUAACCUGCGUUUAUAUUUUUCGUUGGUAGAAGUCGGCGCAUCGUUUGGUCUUUUUCUGCGUACGUUCAGACGCGGGUGCAAGUACGAGGCUUCGUGCGUGAAUCGGUAAAGUUGCAUUCUUCAUUCUCUAUGUAAUAAUUUCACGACUGUUUUUGUAAAUGUAAGUGCGUGUGUGAGUUGUAGUCGUUUUAAUGUUCCGCGGAAACGCCGUCAUGUUCGUCCAAGCCAUAUUUUCCAAAUUCUGGUGCCUCGUUAUAUAAAUCUUUAAGAAAACGACUGUCAGAAUUUCUGUGACGCAUGUUAAAGCCAAUUGGCGUGCAGCGAACAUGGAAAAUAGAUUUAGGAACUGGUAGAACUGCAAAUUGGAAAAGUUGACGUUUCCAAGGCAUUCUUCACGCCGUCAUGUUGGUAGUUCUUGCACUAAUGUCAUCGCAUCUUUCGGCCGUGUCGUUGGGAGAAACCCCACAGACACAUGGUCGCGCCCGUAGUGUGUUCUUUCCUUCGUUCAGAACGUAAAGACGCCCUAGAAAUUGAUGUACUAAUUGCGUAGGGCCGUGGCGUGAUCAGAAUAGGGCCCGUUGGAGGAGUUGAGUUCCCGUCGCAGAUGCUCGAUCGUCGAAAAAGGAAAUUGCGCACAUCCGGUCGCCGUGAAUGUAGGCAACUGUUCCUCCACUGCUGUGGAGCGGUGUAGUCUCUGCAGUCACCAUAAGGCGCUGUACCUACGAACAUUUGUAAUAUUUCAUUCUUCCGUACAAUUGAGCAGACGUCCUUUUCGAAAUUAUCGUGAAUGGCGAGUGGGCGAAGUCGUCAGGAAGAAGUUCCCACAGUUCCAGUUCCAAUGAAGACGUUUCUGUAGCUCGGAACCUCGGCUCGAUGGAAGAACGAUCGUUCCUUUUGGCGUGGAGAUUAUGGGAAAAGUCGACUGUGUCCUGGGUUCCAUACCCGGCGGUAAGCAAGCCAAAAUAAUGGCAUUUGUCAAAACGAUUAAUUUUUAAUGUAAUUGCAUAUUUUGUUACGUAAAAUUUUUGAGUAACUUACGAACCUUGCAACGGCGUACUAGUAAACUGACCUAAUGUUUGUAACGUUGUGGCCCGCGAGCCAGUGGAGUAAAGACGAUACUCGGUGUGUGUGAUUCUGUUGCAGCAGAUAUUCUACUUAAAAUGACCCUCUUACGACUUUGAAUCUAUGAAACAUACACGAUUUUCAUUUGCCGUACGAUUAUAUUAUCAGUUUUGUGCCAAGAAUUUGUAAGGACUCGUUACUGCGACGGAUAUUCAAGAAAUCUGAGCUUGAAACUUAAUUCGCUUUCUGUACAGAACAGAUUAAACGUGCGUACAGGAAGAAUGUGGAGUUGCUUCAUGUUUUGCUGUGUCAGUAUUUUUCAAAUGCAAACUGUAAAUAUGUUUUUUUAAUAAAUAUUAUAUUGGUCGUUUUA